AUGGGCAAUUUACCAUAUGAACGCCUGAAGGUUGGUCGACCUUUCCUCAAUACGGAAGUGGAUUUCUGCGGCCCAUUUACUAUUAAAGCGAGUACCAUUAGGAAUGCAAAACUACAAAAGGCUUAUGUAGCUAUUUUUAUCUGCCUCUCAAAAUGUGUUCAUAUGGAGCUUGUUAAUGAUCUAACAACACAAAGCUUCCUAGCUGCUUUAAAGAGAUUUUUUGCAAGGCGAGGAAAGGCAAAAUUAAUGAUGUCAGAUAAUGGUACGAAUUUUGUAGGAGCAGCUCGUGAGUUGAAUCAAUCAAUCUGCAGAGCAAGACAAGACCCACAAGUAGCUAACUAUUUAGCCAGUGAAAAUAUUACCUGGAAAUUCAUACCUUCCCAAGCACCAGAAUUUGGUGGUCUGUGGGAAGCAGCAGUAAAAUCUUUUAAAUUUCACUUUAGAAGAGUAGUGGGAGACAAAAUUUUUACUUAUGAGGAACUAAUGACAUUUCUUGUAUUAAUAGAAUCAGUCUUAAAUUCCCGUCCUAUUCUUGCACUUAGUCCUAGUCCCAAUGACCUUGCACCUCUCACUCCUGGCCACUUCUUGAUAGGAGACUCCCUUACAUCUAUAGGUGAAGAGGAUCUUCAAGAGGCUAAACAGUCAACACUUCCAAGAUGGCGUAGGGUGCAACAAAUGUUCCAAUCAUUUUGGAAAAGAUGGACACAAGAAUACUUAUCCAAUCUACAAGUACGAACGAAGAUGCUAAAAGGGAACUGUAAUCUGCAAAUUGGACAGCUCGUUCUUUUAAAGGAUGAAAGGACACCUCCACUGAAAUGGCCUUUAGCAAGAAUCUGUGAGACGCAUCCAGGAGCUGAUGAUUUAAUUAGGGUAGUUACCCUAAAAUCUCGUAAUGGAGUCAUCAAGAGACCAAUAAAUAAAAUUUGUCCUUUGCCAUCUCGAAUAGGAAGUGAAGAGUCUCCAGAAGAAGAAGAAGAAAUUUAA